GUUUUCUUUAAAGGUUAUAGAAAAGACAGAAAGGUUGUGAGUUUAGCUUACCUGAGGAACCUACCGCUUGGAGAGCCACCUGUUUCUCUGCCAAGGAGGGGUAAAUAGAAAUGAGCCAGCUCACAGCACUAGUUCUUCUCACAGUCUUCUUGACACUCUUCAGUCAAGCUGAAGCAAACCCAUUUGUUUACAACUAUGAAGGGCUGAGGAUCGCAGGUUUGGUUUUCACAGCCUUCCUUGUAGCAGGAGGGGUUGGAGUUCUAUGUUGGGGGCAGUGCAAGCCAAAAAGAAAGGAUGAUGAAGACGCAAGCAAAAUCUAAGGAUCAAGGAAAUUUCAGAGUUUUGAAACAAGAAGACAAUGUUUUUUCUUUUUCUUUUUCUAACUAGAAACUACAGAUGGUUAACUAGCUCCACUUAUCAAUUGUACUUUGUGGUAUCGUAGGUUCCCUACUGAAAAGACUAGCAUAGACAAGGCUGGUGGACAACCUUAGCCAUGCUUUUCACCAGCAAAUUCAGCUGCAUAAGUUUGUUGACCGGCAUGGUCUUUCUGGUGAAGCUGGUUGACCAAAGAAGUCUAGCUGGUUGAGCGAGCCAAAUGGAAACACCAGCAUGCAAAACACAACAUAUAAUGGUGACCAGCGACACUGGUCUUUUCAACAAAGUUUUCAAUUCUGUUUCAACAUUUUGCAACCAUUUAAUUUAUACAUUAAUUGUAUCACAGCCCCUACCACAAACCAAACUGCUGCAUUUGAUUCUAUAAAUUCUAAGUUCUCUAUCCAAGUGGAUAGAGUUGUGGUUGUGCGCUUUAAUAAAGGUUCUCAGUUAUGCUCCUGUAAA